AUGCCACUGAAUCAUGGUUUUCCCUCCUCAGGAAUGUUCUUACCUGACAUCAACGAGAAUGAUGAAACGAUUACUGAUGAUUUGGAAGGACAGCAAAAUGCUGUUUCGUCGCCCACACGGCAACAACCACUUUCGCCGAUGCGACAACAACAUCGUCCACGAAGUGGAGGUACUCGAAGGCGUAGCUCUCGUCUCAGUGCUGUUGGAAGUGGAGGUCCUCGGCGCCGUGACUCUCGCCUUAACAACACGGAUCUGAGACGGCAAAGUACUACCAGCAGUUCGGGUCACCGGGCAAGUAUCAGCAGUGUUACUUCCGACCACACUCUCAGCGAAAUGAUGCAUCACGAAGACGAGUCUCCAGCCAAUUACCGUGACUAUCUACGAGCCCAACGAAACCUGAGGAGUUCCUUUCGAGCCCCGCCCCUACCUGUGUACGGUGACACUGCGAAUGAUUCUUUUGACUUUUCAUCUGGUACACUAAAAUAUCAGCAUCGCGAAUCGUCGGCUGUCAAUAUGGACUCGAUUCCCUUUGAUAACAGCGGACGCAGCGACAGAAUUGACGACCACUCUGUCGCCUCCCAAGAAGAGCGUCGCCGUGAAAAGGAGCGCGAUGAUGCCUAUCGCCAGAAUGUUCGCAAUCUGGCAGUUGCGGGACGACGCGGCUCCAUGAUGGGGGGAGAUACGAUGCUGUGGGAGCAACUGCUGGAAACGGAGGAGGAUUUGGAUAAUGAAGAAGAAAAAUUACUUGAGGAAGGAGACGAAAAUAGAGACGAAGAACAGGUGCUGGACGAUAGUCAAAAGUACACAAUCCCCCACCACAAAACGACUGCUGUUCCUUGGUACACACCACCUAUGCAGCGGGUAUUCUAUGGGAAACCGCAAGUUCUUCCACACGUCAACUGGGGAGAUCUGUUCUUUGAUCUCUUCUUUGUGGCCGCAGCCUACAACUUGGGAGUCUUGCUCAUAUCAUCUAUGAAUGACACGGAAUGGGUACAAGGAAUGAUUUAUUUCAUUGCCAUAUUUGGUGCCAUGUAUCAGACUUGGUAUCACGACCUGACGUUUUCAUCACGAUAUACAGUUUUGGACCAUUUCCAUCGACUGGUAUGGGGGCUCAAGUUUUUCAGUGUGGGUGUUGCCAUUAUUUUCAUCACGCCGCUAAACCUCAUGAAGGAUCCAAAAAGUAUCGAAAUGCUAUUCUUUAUAUUGGCCGUCUUUCUCGAGAGCUUGAUCAACCUGGGCUUGAAUCUUGAAAUCUAUUUCAAGGCCAUUGGGGAUCGAACGCCCAUCAAGAAACAUUCUAAACGGAUGAUGUUGAUCGAAGAUCUCCCGACACUAUUCUUUUACUCUAUCGCACUAGUAGUUGCGACAUUGGCAUACUUUGACAUUCCCAUUUUUGGAAAGAAAAACAGUGGUGGGGAUGAUUAUGGUAAUCGAAUGUUGGCGGGAGGUUCUGAUGUGGAAUGCAGCUCAGGUGGCCGUUUGUUACUUUCGCGCAUGUUGGGAGCUUCUGACAUCGCUUGUCCUUCUGGAGAGGGAUACCGGAAGCUUGCAGCAGCCGACGACGACGAUGGCUGUACUUGCCACACUGGCAUCCUGUUAUCAAACGACGACUUGCCCAUUGUAUUCGUUGCAGUGGCAUACCUUUUCAGCAUUAUCUUCAGCUUCUUGCGGCAACUCUCGCUGGCAUCUGAGGAAAAGGAUAUUCGAGAUCGUUUUGUACCAAACAAUUUAGACUAUGUCAUCCACAGAUAUGGGGAGUGGAUUAUGCUUAUGAUUGGCGAAGGUGUGUUGUCGUUGCUAAUUGUGGAAACUACCGAGUCGAUCGAAUACUUCGUCGUAUCUUGCUUUGGGGUAUUGACAGUGAUGGGAAUUCACGUGCUGGUCUUUGAGUCGCAACCAAGCACUUCCCAUGGGCAUGCUAUCUACAGAAGUCUCAAGGGGCAACUGGUAUUCAAUAUACUAGUCCAGACCCUGUCUCUUGGAUUGAUUGCAUUUGGGGUUUGUUUCAAGAUCAUGUUGACAACCAUUGUAUCGAAUAAUUCGUACGAGUCUCGUAGGCUUGCUGCAACUCCAGCCGUCAGCGUGGAAGCGACUGCCACUCUCUUUUCAGGAUCUCUAGCCAUUGUGUUGAUCAGUCUCGAAUUUAUGUUGGCCAAUCACAAAGGUGCCAAGGGAACCUACAAACGCUUGUUCAAGAGUCGCGACCGUGGUGAAGAGGGCAUUGUGAAGAAAUAUAACAAGGCCUUGAUUCUGCUGAUACUCUUCAAAAUUGUUUUGAUUUUCUUUACGAUCACCUUGAGCCAAUGGGAGCGAUCUCUGACAGAGGUUUCCAUGAUUGCCUUUACAGUUGUGGUUGCCAUGUCAAUUUCACGGAUCGUAGGAUGGGGGAUGGUGCACAAGGAAGAUGAAAUCAGGCAGAUGCUCCAAUCAAUCCGCCGCGCACCAAGGAGGCUUGUAUCAAAGAGCUUCCAACAAACGCCAAAGAGCUUCCGACGAAAGACAAGUACAAUACUGAAUUUAUUUACAAAGAGUACGAGAGUAUCAUCGGGAACCUUCGAUACGCCUCCAGACGUAAGCAUGGAGCUCCUGAUCCACAAGGAAGUCUGGGAUACAUCAGACGAAACCAUCAUCGUAAUCGAUCGCUCAGGGACUAUUCACUACGUCAAUACGGCUGCAGUGAACAAGUUUGGCUACAGUGUACCAAGCGAGAUCCUUGGAAACAAUGUAUCACUGUUGCUUAGAGAUACUAAGUACGAGAACGAUCCUUUGGGCUUGCAGAAGCUUGGAGAAUCGUCUCGCCCACCCAAGAUGCUUGGGCAAGAACAUGCAAUACACGGCAAGAGGACAGAUGGAACCACAUUUCAGUGCAUGAUUGGUCUCAAGCCGGUUCCACGCUCCGAGAUGAUGUCUGGAUUUGUUCGUGAUGUUUCGAAUCGUGUCGCUUUGGAAACUAGCGAUAUGGAAAAUGAAAUCAAACUAGUGAACGAUAUAGAUGGAAUCAAAGUGCGCCCAAUCAAGGUUGCGGAUGAGCAGAAGCACCCGCAUCUUCCGAAAGAUGUUGCACAAUCAAGCAACGUUAGUCCGAAGUCCAAGGGCGGAGAUGAUAGUAACCUACCGGAAUUGAUGGAUGCUGCAUCUCGUGGGGACUCAUAUGGAAUCAAGGUAUUGGCAGCUCAAGGAGAUAUUGACGUGAACAAGAGUGAUUCGGAUGGACGAACUGCCAUACACCUGGCAGUAAGUGGGGGGUUUGACUCAGCUGUAGAGGUGCUUUGCGAGGCAGGAGCCAACGUCAAUAUUGUAGAUGGAAGCAAUAGGCGACCCAUAGACCUUGUCGAUGAACAGAAACACCCGCAUCUGCGGGCCAUUCUUCAAAAGCAUGGUGCACAACCCAGCAAAGCGAAUCUAAAGUCCAAGGGCGGAGACGAUUUAUUUGAAGAUGCUUUUGAUGCGAUAGUAAUAAGUGACUUUGAUGGCGUCAUCCAAAAAGUGAACAAUACUGCACUAGAAGUAUUUGCUUUCACGAUGAAAGAAGACUUGCUAGGGAAGGAAAUCUCGUUUGUCUGCCCAGAUGUCGGUUCUAACUCCAACGCACAAUCAAAUACAAAAGCCAGGCGCAAGGACGGCUCUGAAUUCUUGUGCAUGGUCGUAUCGAAAAGAAACGAACACUCCAAGUUGGUGACCAGAUGGAUUAGAGAUAUGGGCGUAUUUGAUGAGCGACAGACCAUCGGACAAAGAAGAAGUGACGACUCAGAGCAUGAGUACAAGGCAUAA